AUGGGCAGUAAUUAUGACUAUACAUAUGAAUACGAAGUAACUGAUUCAAAUAAACACAAUCGAACUUCUCGUCAUAAUACAGGACGUCAAAAUCAAAGAACAACUGGAAAUCAAUCAAAUUACGCUACAUCCCAUUCAACAUUUGGUCGUUCAAGUAAUAUGGAUCCUUUAACAAAUUUACAAAAUGAUCGUAUUUGGAAUAAACUUUAUGAUCCAUCUCAAAUAGAUAAAACAGCACACGAAAAUGAAAUACAGAAAAUGGCUCGCCGUCAAGAUCGUAAAGUAAUUAAAAUAGAAGCAGCUUAUGGUUCCGAUCGACAAACAUUUGUUGUUAAACGUAAUUAUGAUUUACGUGUACGUGAUGUUCAAGAAGAUGCAUCUAAAGUAUUUAAAAUGCCUCUUGAUCAAAUAAUUCUUUACUGGAAGGGACGAAAUAUUUGUGAUACACCAAAUGAACUUUUAGAAACAUUAGGAAUUGAAAAUAAUCAUCAAAUGCGUGUCUGUCGAGAAGAUGAUCAAGCACAACAAAAUAGACGACGAGAACUACGUUCUUUUGCAACAUCUGAUCAGCAAUAUUCAUCAUCAAAUGAUAUUUAUCAACAACAACAAUUGCAACAACAAUUUUAUCCUCAACAACAGCAACAACAAUUUUAUCCUCAACAACAGCAACAACCCAAUUCGAAUUAUCCAACAAUGUAUGAUCAACAACAACAACAGUUUGGCGGUAGUCCACGUGCUAACUACUAUCAACAAUUGACAAAUCCAAAUGCAGCACCUCCUGUUGCUCCUUCAUUUGUUCUUAAUUUACAAAUUGGUAUCGGUGAUCGAAUUGAAGGUCUUGCUAUUGGUCGACCACAUCCAAUAACACUUUAUGAUUUACAAGUUGAAUUACAACAACGUUUUAAUAUACCAAUUCUUGAUCAAAAUGUUGCAUAUAAUGGAAUGCCUUUAACACAAUAUCCACCUGAUGCUCCACUUGAUUCACUUGGAGUUGUUAAUAAUUCAUUUAUUUCACUUUGGUAUAAAGGUUCAGGAUCUAAUAAUCAACAACAACAACAACAGCAGCAACCACCACCACCAAAUGAGUAUUAUUCAGCAAGACAACAAGCACCACCAUCAUUUUAUGGUGAUGGAUCGCAGUCAACAGGUGGUGGUGGUGGUGGUGGUGGUGGUGGUGGUGGUGGUGGUGGUGGAAAUCAAAAUGAUACAUCACCGAGACGUAUGGAUAAUACUAUCAACACCAAUGAUCCGACACAGAACGGUGCUAAUCAAGAAGUGCUUAAAAUUGAAGUAUUUCAUGGCUCCGAUCGACAUGUGCUUAUUUUACGUAGUGCAAAUAAUCUACGUAUAACGGAUCUAAUGGAAGAAUUAGAACGUAUAACAACUGUUCCUGUUCAACGUCAAAAACUCUUUUUUCGUGGACGAGAAUUACAACAAAUGAAAGAUCGUACAUUACGUGAUGCUGGCAUUGAUAAUAAUGCUCAAGUUAGAUUAAUUGGUGAUCCAACUAAAACACGAUAUGAACCAAUGAUUACAGCAAAUCGAACAAAUUAA